AUGGAGGUCCCUGGUCGAACACAAAACAGUUCACCCAAAGAUAGUGCAGUAUUUUGUCAACCAUGUAAUAGUGACGGCGAAACGAUGGUUGCCAUUGGAUACUGUCAAAAUUGUAACGAGUAUUUAUGUGCAGUAUGUCUAAAAGUCCACCGCAAGCAAGCCGUGUCAAGAAAUCAUAUUAUUCUGGAUGGUGACAAUAUGCCUAAAGUAACACUUCCGGUUGUAACACCAAACCCUUGUUCUGAUAUUUGUACCAAACACGAAAAUGAAAUAGUUAAGUAUUUCUGCAUGUCUCAUGAUGCGGUGGGUUGUGGAGAUUGUAUGAUCAUUGAUCAUAAAUCCUGUAAUGUUGAUCGUAUACAAGAUAUAUCUACAGAAUAUUUCAAUGGCACUGAACACCAAAAUAUCCUAAAGAAGAUAGAGCAGUUUAUUAAAGAUAUUGAUGAAAUAAAAAGGAAGCUACAAGCCAGCGAAGUGAAUAUGAGACAAGCAUACACACAAGCAAUUAAAGAUGUCAAAGCAUUCAAGAAAGAAAUCAUUGAUUAUCUUAACAAGGCAGAAAGAGAAAUGCUUGAAAUGAUAAGCGAAAGAAAAAAGAAAAAUGAGAUGCUGAUACAGGAACUGCAGCAAUCAGAAAGUCAUAUUGGAAGAAAUAUUAAAGAAAUACAGACGAAAUUACAGCUACAGGUAAACCAAGCGAAUGAUUUGUUUGUUGAAGCAAAACAAGUUAAGGCAAAACUUAACUCUAUUGAUGAAAAUCUGUAUAGGUUGAAAAAAGACACCAGUAUUGAUGUAUAUACGUUUCAACGUUCUUCCCACAUGGAGCAAAGGGUCAAGUCUUAUGUUCCGCUCGGUGCCAUAGUUGAUAAUACAGAAGAAAAGGUCGAACACACAGCAUCAAAAAAAGAUUAUCUUGUUUCUACCAAAGAAGUUACAGAUAAAACUGGUUUGGACAGGAAGAGCAUUUCUGAAAUGGAUGCUUAUUUUGAUUGUGAGAUUAACAUUAAAACACAAGAUGAUGCUUCAGAUUGCUUUAUUGAAAGUUGUGCAUUGAUUUGCCCAAGUCAGAUUAUAGUCACAGAUAGGAAUAAUAAAUGUGUUAAAUUAGUUGAUGUCAAUAACAAAACAGUUUCAAAGUACAAUCUUAAGUAUUGUCCAUAUGGUGUAGCAGUAGUAAAUCCCAAUCUGGUUGCUGUGACAUUUCCUGAUGAUAGGAAGAUACAAUUUUUCACAAUAACAACAGGUAAUAAAAUCAAUGAAAGUGACAUGAUCAAUGUCCGUACAGGUUGUAAGAAAAUUGCAAUCCAUGAAGAUAAGAUUAUUGGUAUAACCAGCGAGAGUGUUGAGAUUAUGAGCAUGAGCGGACAACUGAUAAAAUCUCUAUCUCAUCCAGAUAUGAAAAACUUGAUGGAUAUUGCUGUCGUACCUAAUUCACAGAUGUUUUAUGUCGGUAAUUCUUAUAGGAAUAAUUCUGUUUUCAAGUACGAUUUUGAUGGCAAUCUGAUAGCAACAUACAAGGACAAGGAUCUGGUAGAUGUGAGAGGAUUAGAAGUAACAAGAGACGGUACAGUGCUUGUGUGUAACUGGACUGGAGAUGGCAGUAUUCAUAUGAUUACUCCUGACUGUAAAAAGAUCAAAGAACUCAAGGAUAGUAGACAUGUAAGAUAUCCAUUGUGUGUUACGUACUGUAAUAAAACAAAUAAACUUUUUGUUGGAAACUAUGAGAAUAACCUUGACAAGAAGUUCAGAAACGUUUUGAAAGUUUUUCAAUUAAGGUAG